GCGCCGGAGCAAAGCAUGAUGGACACAGGGCGGCAUCUGGAGACCUCUCCCAGCAGUGCAUCUUGGGAAAGCCCGCUCCACUCCGACUCCAGCUCCGACGUCCAUCCCGUCGCCAUAGCGAUGCCCAACUGCAGGCAGGAGGGCCAGGUCGAAGGUCAAGCCUGGACAGUGGCUGCCUGCAGGUUAACACAACAGCAAGAACCGGGGGCGCCGGAAACCAACGUGUUGCCAAACUCAGAUGUACAGUGUCCGUUCUGCUACGACAAGUUCUCAGCAGUAUUCGAGCUGUGGCGGCACGUGAAGGGCCACCGUGGGGACAACCCGCCGCACCUCUGUAAGAUCUGUGGCACGACAUCGCCCACCCAGAAGGACCUAGACAUCCACAUCCAGUACAACCACCCCGGGAUCAAGAUGUACCAGUGCUGCUUCUGUCCCACCAAGUUCUGCCACAAGAGGAACAUCAUGCAGCACCUGCGCAUGCACAUGCAGCGUAAGGAGUUUGCCUGCAGCGUCUGUAACGCUCGCUUCUUCUACGAGAACCACCUCGUCAACCACAUGAGGACUCACACUGGUGAGAAACCAUUCCAGUGCCCAGAGUGUGGUGCCCGUUUUGCCCUGAAGGGUAACCUGAAGGCCCAUCUGCGUAUCCACACAGGGGAGCGGCCGUUUGGGUGUGAGGUGUGCGGACACAGGUUCACCCGUAUGUUCACCCUGAAGAAACACAUGCAGCGUCACACCAGGUUCUUCAACAUGGAGAGUGGCAUGCCGACAACAAGCAGUGCAAAAUAGGAGCCCCAGAUGUUUUGCCAGUGUUCUAGCUAGCAUCUUUCUUUCCGUCAUUUGAUGGAAUUUUGCCGCUUGUGAAGGACAAAAGCGUUGCGCAAUCCAUCAUGUUUGAUGGACAAAAAUCGGCAUAACCGCAAAAUGCAGGAAAUAGCAAAGGGUCAAGAUUUCACUCUCCCACUGCAUUAUUUUCAAGCAUGUAGCUAUUAUGAUUUUCAAGAUAACUUGUAAAAAAUUACUGUAGUCAGCUAGUCAGAUUUUGAGGUACCGGGUAACCAAGGAUGGUACCCGCUGGGUCAUCUGUUAGUUCAUUGGUACAGUCUACUAUAGGACAUGAACUCUGAAAUCUGUGUCUCUCUCUUAUAAUGUCAAUGUGCUUUAUGUAGGGAGACCACUUAGUUAUUAGUCCAGAUUUUAUAGGUCCCCUGUGUGACCAUUUUAGACAAGUUUGACUGUACUAAGAAUUGAAAGCCUGUCACACUUUCAUAUUUAUUAAGAACAGCACAUUUAUUUAUUUAUUGUCAAUGUUAGUAGAUCUAGCAUACUAGCAUCAAAUGAAGGUAACAUUAUAACUUGGCAUGAUACAGAGUACAUUGCAGAAAUCUACAUUAUUAGUCACAUCAUAUCUUUGCUUACAGCAUUCUACAUUGCUUUCUUACAACAUAUGAAUUGAUAGUCUCAAAAAUAAAAACAAAUGGCUAUGAAACUCUUCACACCCAAGUAUCAUUGUACAUAUUGUGUGUAUCAAUGGCAAAAACAUCAAUAAAUAGUAUCCACUUCUGUGCAGAGGCUUUUUUUUCUCUUUGCACCCUUCAAAUACAUCCCAAAGUGAACAAACAAAACAUUGGUUACGGCUA